AACUCCCAUGGAAAAUAUCUACCCCAAAUCUAAAACAUAUUUGGAAGAAUUUCACUUUUAUAGGCUACUUGGGAAACUAAAAUCAUUAAUAAGCUUCUUUUUUAAUCUCACUAACUAGUUAUAGUAAGUUUAGGUACUUGCCUAAUUUGCUUGCUUUGAAGUCAAACAAGUAAUUUGGUGGGCCACGACACACAGUCCCCUAAAACACACGCAGAAAACUGCACGUGCCGCACUUCUUUUCUAAAACUUCAGAAUCUCCGAAUUCGGACAUGGAUGAAUCCAUCUCCUUCAUUUAUUUGGCGGCUGCCCCUAUGAAAUGGAGAUUAAUUUAUUUAUUCGCCUGAUUCGACCUCCCUUAGGAUGUGCGAAAAGAGCCCAAGUUCGAAACGUGGAUGAUCAUCAGUGGAAGAAUACAGUGAACAAUGGCGAGCAAAUCGGCGGCCGUUGAAUGGCGUCUUCACGACUAAAAGCUCAGCAGCCCACGUUCGAAUCCAAUGCAACACUGGCUACAAAUUCGGUGCCAUGGUGGAUUACUAAGGCGAAUGCGGAGAGAAGAAAGGCGGAUUUACAAGGGUGGCAUUCUAUGGCAUUAAAGCCCCUGCGCCUGUUCUUUGCAUUGCUGGCUGCCCUCACCUUCACCUGCAUGCUCAGCACAGAGCUCCCGUACUGGUUGGGUGUGCAGAGCACUGUGAACCAGAAGCUCAACAAGACUUUGCUUUCAUGGCCGACCCACAAGGCCGCCCUGGUCUCCCGUUCCCACCGCCUCCCAGUGAAUUUCACCCAGACUCUGUUAUCUUAUGCUGCAGUACAGAUUGGAGAGGCAGAGGAGCGCCGGCAGAUUGAAUACCUGCUGCAUGCAUCCAGGUUUUCCUAUAAUGGUAAUGAGCGGCCUGAGAUUUCUCAUCCCAGAUAUGCUAAUUACUGGCCGGCGUUCCGCCAUGCUCUACAGUCAUGGGUGCAAAACAAGCGCUAUGAGCCUACAGUUAUGACCCAACUCAUUGAUCUGGUAAAGCAGCCGCUAGACCAGCACUAUAUGAUCACUAAUCUAACGGAGCAGCAGGGGGCUGCAAAUCUGUCUGAGAUUCACAUUGACAAUCGAACAGAGCAGCAUGGCUACCCGCCCAAUUGGCAGAGUAAAACAGGGCAAAAACAGGGCCACCCAGUCGAUUUGCAGAGUAAAACAGGGCAAAAUCAGGGCUACCCAUUCGAUUUGCAGAGUAAAACGGGGCAAAAACAGGGGUACCCACUUGAUUUGCAGAGCAAACCAGGGCAAAAACAGGGGCACCAGCUCGAUAGGCAGAGUGAAACAGGGCAAAAACAGGGGUACUCGCUCGAUUUGCUCGAUUUGCAGAGUAAAACGGAGCGAAAACAGGGGUACCGCAGCUGCGCAGUGGUGGGCAACAGUGGAAUCCUGCUCCAGAAACUCCAUGGUGCUCUAAUCGACUCCCAUGACAUGGUGAUCAGGCUCAACAAUGCCCGGACUGCUCGGUUCGAAUCCCAUGUGGGUUCCAAGACAACCCUUGCCUUUGUGAAUUCAAACGUAUUUCAUUUCUGCUCCUUGCGGCCCCAGUGCUUGUGCCAUUCCUAUGGAGAAGCAGUCCCAAUUAUCAUGUACAUCUGCCAGCCUGUGCAUUUCAUGGACUACGCCUUCUGCAAUGCCUCCAAGAAGGUGCCCCUACUGGUCACAGAUGCCCGAUUUGAUAACCUCUGUGCUAGGAUUGUGAAGUACUAUUCGAUGAAGAAUUUUGUGGUGACUACUGGGAAGCACCCUGAGGAAUGGAGCUCUGCCCACGAGGGUGAGAUGUUUCAUUACUCCUCCGGAAUGCAGGCUCUAAUGCUGGCAUUGGGGAUCUGUGAGAAGGUUAGUUUGUUUGGGUUUGGGAAGAGUACUGGGGCAAAGCACCAUUAUCAUACUAAUCAGAGGCUUGAGCUCAGUCUCCAUGAUUACGAGGCAGAGUAUCAGUUCUAUUCUGAUCUGGUCAAUGGGUCGCAAUAUAUACCUUUUCUCAAUGAGGCCGGGAUCAAGAUUCCUCCGGUACAGAUAUAUUUUUGAUCGAUAUGUGUUCUGUCUCUUCUUCCGUUUUCAGUUCAAAUGGGUUUGGGGAUUCUUGAAUCCCUUCAAACUGUGCAAUGCUCAUUUUAUUCUUGCUGAUGAAAGCCGACUUCCAUGGAAGAACAUGUCGGAAAUGUGGGUUGUGCGUACUACUGUUGGUUGCAAUGUAAAAAAUGCACAUAACCAUAGUACAUCCAUCUUAUACUGGCUGUUUUAUGGCUCUAGUUUAACUAAUCCACUCCUCUAUUUGAUAACAAAAUGUUCAUAUGGCUCUAAAAGGAGUUGUUGAUUUGAUAUCCACAUUUGUUGAUUUAAUGUCUAAAUUUUUAUUUCUAAUGAAGACUAUUCAUAGUUGUUAAAAGCAAUCAAUCAUGUGAUGCCACAUCAGCUGCACAAAUAUGGAUCUCCCCUUUACACGACUAUUGGUCUCAC